AUGGAUACCCACGACGUCUCUGAAGAUAGAGAGUACUGGCAGUACCUGCGCCGGCAGAAGCAAACUCUCCAGAAUGCCCAAUCUCGCAAAGGGCAGCGCCCCAAGACAACGAAGUCUCGCGAUGAGAUUAUAAUGCAGUUCAUGUUUCGACGCAUGAUGUCCAGUAAUGCAACUGUCGACUCCAAAACCAUCCGUUCGUCUUUUGUACCUCCAGCCUACGCACCCUGCACCGCUCCUUUAAGGAGUCUGAAGAAAGUCGUGAUAAAAGACCUCACUCUCGAAACCCAUCAUCGUGGAUCUUACAUUCUACUAAGGGCAGUCACUCCGCCAGACACAAUGACCGCGGUCAUGGUUAUUGUGGAGGAUGAGGAAGGAGAUGUUCUCAUGCUGCAACUGUACAACCAAGAAGAAGGACUCUCAGCCCAGGGCCGUCUUAUCGAAGGGACAGUGAUAAUCGUGAAGGAGCCUUAUUUGAAGGCCAUGUCCGAUGGAGACUAUGGCAUCCGUGUUGACCAUCUUCCCGACGUUAGGUUUAUCCCAGAUCAUGACACUCUAAUACCAUCAUCGUGGAGACGACAGCUCAUGGAAAACGAUGCCUCUGCCAACUAUUGGAAGCUGAAGGGUAACGAUUGUUUUAACAAAGCUAACUAUCAUGUCGCGGUUGACUGCUACUCCAAGGCUUUGGGCUCUUCCCCUACUCUUGACGAAGCCAUUACUAUCAAACUGAAUCGUGCUCUCACAUUUCUCAAGACUCAUCAAUUUGACGUGGCCCUCCGCGAUCUCAAGAUAGUCUCCACAGGCUCCAAGCCCUCCGAGAAAGUGCUUUUCCGCAAAGCUCAGGCUCUCUACUAUCUGCAGAGAUUUCGUGAAUCUUGUGACGCUCACCAAGUGCUUGCCAAGGAAUUCCCGAGCAAUGCUCCCGCUAAGAGCGAGUUCAAUCGCGCCAUUGCGCGACUCGCGGAACAGGAGAGCGGCAAGUAUCCGUUCAAACGACUGCAGCUCGAGGCGAAAAAACGUCGCCCACCAGUUCUUGAUCAUGCGACCUAUGUUGGUCCUGUGGCUGUGAGACCCGCGGACGAGGUUUAUUCACAACAGAAGCAGUCAAAGCUGGUGAUCUUCUCUUUUGCGAGAAAGCCUUUGCGCAUGCCUUCCAUGACGCCGACGAGCCCAGGAAGGGCAUCGCCCUUUUGA